AUGUCAGAAAAAAUGAUUCCGCUUGAUGGGGAAACUCAAAAGAAACGCGUCUGUUACUUUUUCGAUUCGGAUAUUGGUGGCUUUCAUUAUGGGCCAGGGCAUCCCAUGAAGCCCACUCGCAUACGCAUGUGUCACUCCCUCGUCAUGAACUACGGCUUGUACAAGAAAAUGGAAAUCUUCCGGGCGAAACCUGCUACAAAACGUGAAAUGACCCAAUUUCACUCGGACGAAUAUGUUGAAUUUCUUAGUCGUAUCACUCCAAGUAAUAUGAAUUCUUUUGUAAAGGAGCAACAUAAAUAUAACGUUGGUGAUGAUUGUCCGGUCUUCGACGGACUCUUCGAAUAUUGCUCUAUAUCUGCCGGAGGGUCGAUGGAGGGGGCUGCUAGACUUAGCCGUGAUAAGUGUGACAUCGCGGUGAACUGGGCAGGUGGCCUUCACCACGCAAAGAAAAGUGAAGCGAGUGGAUUUUGCUAUGUAAAUGACAUUGUGUUAGGUAUCCUUGAACUACUACGGUACCAUAACCGUGUUCUAUACAUUGACAUCGACGUGCAUCAUGGGGAUGGCGUGGAAGAAGCGUUUUAUACUACUGACAGGGUUAUGACUGUGAGCUUCCACAAAUAUGGGGAAUACUUUCCCGGUACAGGAGAACUUCGGGACGUUGGGGUGAUGAAAGGAAAAUAUUAUGCCCUCAAUUUUCCUUUGCGGGAUGGAAUCUCUGAUGAAAAUUACAAAUCCGUAUUUGAACCCGUAAUCCGACAAGUUAUGGAAUCUUAUGAUCCAUCAGCUAUUGUUUUGCAGUGCGGAACAGACUCCUUGUCAGGAGACAAACUGGGAUGCUUAAAUUUGUCAAUGCGAGGUCAUGCUAAUUGUGUCAAAUUUGUAAAAUCUUUCAACAAGCCUCUCCUUCUUCUCGGCGGCGGAGGCUAUACCAUGCGCAAUGUCAGUAGAGCAUGGGCAUUUGAGACUGGAUUAGCGGCUGGUGUAGAACUUGGGCCGGAAAUUCCCGUAAAUGAGUAUUAUGAAUACUUUGGGCCUGACUAUGAACUUGAUGUUAAAUCAUCAAAUGCCGAUGACCUGAAUAGUCCAGCUUACCUUGAUCGGGUAAAACGAAUUGUUUUGGAAAAUCUUCGACAUGCUGGUGGUCCUCCAAGUGUUCAAAUGUCAGACAUUCCGUCAAUGCCUAUCGAUAGUGCCCUUGACGAUCCCAACGAGGAUGAAGAUCUCAUGGACCCAAAUGAUCGUCGACCUAUGCGUUUGCUAGAUGCAAGGCGCCAAGCAGACGGUGAACUUUCUGACUCCGAUGACGAAGGUGAAGGUGGCCGCCGAAACCACGCAAGAUACCGCAAACGGGAAAGCGAAGAACCCAAUGGUAACCACAAAUUCGGUCUCGGUGGAGGUAUAUUGAACUCUGGUACCAUGAAUACUCACGGUGCUGGACCCAGCGGUCAUACAACCGCAGUCCGCCUAUUGGCUUCUGCCGCAGCGGAAUCAAGCAUGGAUGUUGAUACUCCUUCAGCGGAGAGUAACGCUGGAGGUUCGGGGACGGAAGCACCAGUCACUACUACCGCGGCCGCGGAUACCAACCAAGCCUCUGAAGCUGCCCCUGAAUCUACCGCAGAAAAGUCUGAGGAUGGAGAGGUAUCGGUAGAUGAUAAAAUGGCGGUAGACUCUGUUGUCUCUACACCAGCGGUAGUGGAAUCUUGA